AUGUACACUCGAGAAACGGUCCAAGAUUUGAUGUACAUGCUGUCACGCCAGAUUGAAGCAGCAGCACCUCCUUCUCUCAUCCAAUCGGGAGGCUCCGCCGACGUCCAAAACACAUUCCACUCAACGCGCAUCACUGGGACGAGAGACAUCUUAAAAAAGCUCGCAGCCAAGACCUUGGCACUCGAGGAUGCACCAACUGAUCCCAUUCCCUUUGCCGCGGAUGACCACGCUUUUGUGCAGGUCAGCGCGCGCUCUCCCCCGGGAGCUAGCCGGAUUGGGAAAUUGCUCAACGUCCAUCCCUCCGUCUGUCUGGGUCGCUUCGGGCUGAUUGGUCUUGAUUUUGAACACUAG